CUCCCGAAGUCACCAUGAGAGUCCUCCUGCUAAUCUGCAUGCCAGUUCUGCUGCUCGCCCAGGCUCAGUACCAGGAACCAUAUCCUUUUUUGGAGGACUAUGGGCCAGAUUACUUUCCAGAGAGUCCAAAUCCCGACCCUCCUCCCGGAACCUACCAGCAGCAGGUCAGCUUGGAUACUCUGGUGCGUCCAGAAAAAUCAGAGUCCGAGACGGAGACGGAGCCCACGGAGCCAGGACCUCUUGAUUGCAGAGAGGAGCAGUAUCCCUGCACCCGACUCUACUCUGUUCACAAGCCAUGCAAGCAGUGCCUCAACAGCCUCUGCUUCUACAGUUUGAGACGAGUGUACGUCAUCAACAAGGAGGUCUGCGUGAGGACUGUGUGCGCCCAUGAAGAGCUGCUCAGAGCGGACAUGUGUCGUGACCAGUUCUCUCGCUGUGGCGUGGCGGCGCAGAGCGGACAGUGUGCAUCACUAGGAGGAACCUGUGGAAAGAGCUGUGGUGGCUGCUGA